AAAAGGAAAUCUUUUAGUCUUUUAAAGGCUUUGAUCAGUAAAACAUGGGUAAAGUUAUCAUAACUCUAUUGGCUGUGAUAGCUAUUGCGGUUGUGGCAAAAGCUCUGGAGGAAGAAAAGGCUACCGCCUUUGUAACCAUAUUCAAUAAGCUGCAUAAAGAACCAGGUCCUGAAAUCAAGGCUCGUGCUAAUGUCGAGACUUUACACAUUGAGCAAAAGUUGGACCAUUUUGAUGAAAAUGAGACCAGAACAUGGCAAAUGCGUUAUAUGGCCAAUGAUGAAUUUUAUGAGCAAGGAGGUCCUUUAUUCAUCUAUGUAGGUGGUGAAUGGCAGAUUUCACCUGGCCGCAUUAGUGGCGGCCAUUUCUAUGAUAUGGCACGUGAACACAAAGGUUAUUUAUUCUACACUGAACAUCGUUUCUAUGGACAAAGUCAUCCCGUAAGUGCCAUGACCAACGAAAAUAUGAAAUAUUUGCAUGUGCGUCAAGCUUUGGCUGAUUUGGCCCAUUUCAUUCGCACCAUGAAAGCUACCAUACCCGGCAUGAGUAAUUCAAAGGUUAUAUUGGCUGGUGGUUCGUACUCGGCUACUAUGGUCACAUGGUUUAAGAAGUUGUAUCCUGAUUUGGCCACCGGAUGUUGGGCUUCCAGUGCUCCUUUGUUUGCUAAAUCAAAUUUCUUUGAAUACAAAGAAAUCAUGGGUGAAUCAAUUACUUUGUUAGGUGGCAAAACUUGCCAUGAUCGCAUUAAGCGUGGUACUGCCGAAUUGGAAUCGAUGUUUGCAAAUAAACGUGGAGCAGAAGUUAAGGCCAUGUUGCGUCUCUGCAAUUCUUUCAAUGAGAACAGUGAUUUGGAUAUGUGGACUUUGUUCUAUGAAAUUUCGGAAAUAUUUGCUGGCUUGGUGCAAACUCACGAUGAUGGAGAUAUUCAAAACGCAUGCAGAAAAAUUAUGGAAGGCCCUACAGAUCUCAUUGGAUUAACCAAUUACAUUGUGGAUAAUUUUGGAGAUGGACCUUGCACCGACAUGUCGUAUAAAACAUAUGUGGGACUUAUUAUGGAUUCGAGUUUUAGCAACAACAUAAUGCGCCAAUGGAUUUUCCAGACUUGCAAUGAGUAUGGCUGGUAUCAAACCUCUGCCUCGGCCAAUCAACCUUUUGGCACCAAAUUCCCCUUGGUCUUCUUCACCACAAUGUGUGCCGAUGCCUAUGGCUCUGAAUAUACCAAUGAAUUUAUAAACCAACAAAUCGAUCAUACCAAUGAAUUCUUUGGUGGUCUAACACCUGUGGAAAAUGUCUACAUGUCCCAUGGUCAAGUGGAUCCCUGGCGAGGCAUGGGUAUACAAGAUGAAAAUUUGGCCACCAUCAUACCAUUCCAUGCCCAUUGUAAGGACUUUGGUUCCAUCGAUGAUAACGAUAUUCCAGAGUUGAGAGCUUCAAAAGAAAACAUCGCGGAGUUGGUGAGACAAUGGCUGUCUGAGUAAUUUUGAUUUUAAUAUGAGAUAUUAAAUUGGUCCCAAGAAAAUAACUGCUGUUAAAUAUCAGUUGUAUUAUAAAAAGUCUAUUCGAAAAUAAAUCAGCGUUGUGCUUAUUAGAUUUUAAAUCACAA